CCCCCCCGCCACACCCUGCCAGGGCGCCGGGCCGCAGGGCUAGGGGAUGCCCGUCCUAAAAAGUAAAGCAAAAGGGGCGAACCGAACCGAAAGGCAACAUCAGAGAAGCCCGGGUCUGGAGAAAACUAGGGAAUUUUGAGCCACUCGUUGGAGUGAAGGUUCAUAUAAAACCAAAAGGCAAAAAACAAACACACAGAAAACCUCUUUCCCUACUGGAAUGGCCAUUAGCAGUUUUCCAGCUUUCAAGUCUGUAGUACAUUCCAGCCGAUGAAAUUGAAUUAAGAAGAUUGAGCAUCAUGCUGAAUAACAGACUUUCCCCAGACCUUUAUGUGUAGGACGCAGAAGUUUCUUGAAAUGUUGUACACUUCAUGGAAAGAAAUGUCAAGAAAAAGAAUGUGAACAAAGCCUGUAACACUCUGCCAAGUGCUGGAGAGGCCCCUGCUAUUGUCUCUAAUAUCUUGCCUUCAGAGCAGGUUUCACCACCUAACGUGUCAGAUCUCCCUAGAAUUUUGCCUGAAGUAGUGCAUCUAGAAGCUGGACCCCAGAAAAGGCGACCAGGCACUGCAAUAAUAUCAAAACGGUCAGAUACUUCAAACAUGUCUCGGAUGCCACUGAAUUGGCCCGUCAUCCCACCAAGAAGACCUGGCUUCAGGGUAUGCUAUAUCUGCGGCAGAGAAUUUGGGUCGCAGUCUAUUUCUAUACAUGAGCCCCAGUGCCUAGAGAAGUGGCACAUUGAAAACAAUCAGCUACCAAGGCAUCUCAGAAGAGCGGAGCCCAGGAAACCUGAGGUCCUGACUGGUGGUUCCUGUAAGCUUACAGCUGAAGAUAAGGCAGCUUACCAUAGUGCUCAAGCCCAGCUCCUGCCCUGUGGAAACUGUGGACGAACCUUCCUUCCUGACCGUCUCAUUGUGCACCAAAAGAGUUGCAGAGGAGGUAGCAGCGGUGUGGGGCUGGCAAGCUCCAGCCCCCAUAAACCUUGUAAAGGCCCAAGCUCUGUGUCUGGCUCAGCACGUGAUGAUCCAUCCAAGACCUCUCAAGGAAAGAGAAAGGUUGCACCAGCCAUGUUAGACAAGGCACAAGUGAUAAGACGGCCACCAGCAGUGAUUUGUUACAUAUGUGGACGUGAGUACGGAACAAAAUCUAUUAGCAUCCAUGAGCCACAAUGCCUGAAAAAAUGGCACCAGGAGAAUGACAUGCUACCCAAGCACUUGAGAAGGCCAGAGCCCAAAAAGCCUGAAGUCAGUCCCAUACAAGCCAAAGGUUUCUAUGAUCUCGAUUCUCUAAAUGAGGCUGCCUGGAUCAGCGCCCAGAACCAGCUAGUUCCAUGUGAUAUUUGUGGGCGUACUUUUCUUCCAGACAGACUGGUCGUCCACCAGCGGUCCUGUAAACCGAAACCAGCAACGUGAAGUGGAUGUGACACGCAUGAAUACAUAUGCAUGCAUGCUCACACACACACAUGAGUACACACACACGCACCCGUACCUUUCAGCCAAUCCAUGAGAGAAAUAAAAUCCGGCUGGAGAGCCAUGAGCAUCAAAACUGUAGUUUGUCAUCAGAUCACAUGAUCCAAAAGCCUCCAGAGUAAAACCAGCAGUUGCUACUGCAGUGCAAGGUCAAAUACGGUGAUUUUUUUAGCUCAGCAGUAGCAAAAAUGCCUGCUUAUUUGUGUCAUUCAGGUAGCGUCACCUUGAAACCACACUUUGAGAGGGAUGGCAUAAAAAUACUUAGAAGUAAUGUUAACUAUCAUGUUCCUUCUCCUGAGCCUGUGCUUUGUUGAGUGCAGGAGAACCCAAGUGUUCCCAGCCUCCCCAGUUGCUUUCUGAAUUGCUGUGCUGUCUUCAUCUCUAUUGGUCAAAUGUGGGAUGUUUUUCAGGCCCGUUCCUUUCACAGCCCUUCAGAUUUAGCUACCUGGACCUUCAAAAGAAAUUGGGCCUUCUGCAAGCAUUUCCCAUUUUACUUGGCAUGUUUCGUUAUUGUAUUCAGUGAAGUACAGAAAAAAAUUAGCCAUAGCUGUUAGGGGUCUUUCACUGCAGAGAUGCCCAAAAGAGUAUCCCACAAGGAUCCAUCUUGUAGUCUUGCUUUCAACAGAUCUGCCAGACUGGGAGAGAGAUGGUAUAAUGUCAGGAGCUCCCUUGUCUGCAGGGACGCUUAGAUACAUGUCCCUUGCUCAAUGAAUAUAUUCACCUCCUGUUUCAGAAACUGAAGCUUCAGACAACCUUUAGGAAAUGAGAGUUUCGAUAAGGGGUAACUCAUUGACUCUCAGUGGAAGCAAAGCCCAAGUGAUGUUCAUCAGGAAAAUUCUUUGAAAAUUUUGUUCCCCCACUAUAGAAGACUUGUCUAGCGUAAGGACCUCCAUCUGAACUUGACUAAUCAGAGAAACAAAGUAACUCCUUUGAGUUUGUUGGUUUGGGUUUUUUGUUUGUGUCCUUGUCCAUCUUUGGCAUGAGCCUAUUCAUUGACUCCCACUCAGAUCUUAAAUCCAUGGAGCACUCCAGUGUUCACAUCCUUGUGGGACUGUGCAGCUCAUGAACCCCUUGACUGCUACAAGUGAAACAUUGCCAUAUAAAGGGAUCCAGCCAUGGGGUGAAAGCAGAGACUGGCUGUUUUUAGAUAACACCCCAAAAGUGCCCUCUUCUUGGAGCGUUUCUUCCUUAAGAAUGAUACUGACCAUGUGAUUUAUCCUCAGCUCAAUAAACCAAUCAUGCCAAAAAUUUUAUAAGUCAGAGGAGCACAUCUUUGUCAUUAACUUGGUAAAAGAAAACAUAUUUUUAUGUCAAGCCAAAACAAGCACGGUGUGUCAGAUGGCUGGAAUAAAAUACCACCCUGCCCUCUGUGCCAAAUGUGACCAUAACAGAGAGCCAGUAUGAGCAAGAAGGGUAGGUAUUAUACAAGAAAGCUGUGGGGAAGUUGUUUGAAUAUGUUAUUUUGAAAAAUGCUAUUAUGUUACAUAGUAGA